AAUGCCAAAUAGCAGUAUUCUCUCUGUUGAAUCUGAUUUAAUUGAUGAAACAACAAAAAAGAAAAUGGUUGAUGAUAACCAGUCAAUGGAUGAAUUUCCAAUGUUUUCUUCAAAAGUCCGUGCAUUAAUGGCUCAAGUAGACGAUUCAGAAUUAAUUCGUCCAGAUUUUGAUUUAACUGUUUAUAUUAAUAAAUUAUUUCCAACAGAACAAUCUUUGGCACAAUUGGAUGUUUUUAUGAAAAAAUUUGAUGAAGAAAUUGAGCAAUGUGAACAAGAUUUAUCUAAAGCUGUUGCUGAACAUGGACGUUGUGCUGCCAAAUCAAUGAUUGGAGAACUUGACCAAAAAAUAAAAGAAAUGAGGGGAAAAACUCGUUGUUCAGAAGAUUCAGUAUUUGAACUUACAAAAGAUAUUAGACAAUUGGAUGUAGCAAAACGGAAUUUGACUGAAUCUAUUACUACUUUACAUCAUUUACACCUUUUAUUGAAUGGCGUGAAUUCUUUAAUCCAAUGGGUUUCCAAUCGGCAAUACCGUGAUAUUGCAAUAGAACUUCCAGCUGUCCUUAACGUCCUCAUUCUUUUUGAGGACUAUCAACAUAUCGAACAUAUCAAAAACCUUAUGGAAAAAUUACAAAAAAUACGCGAACAAUUAAGUGUGCAAUUAAUUGGGGAUUUGAAAUCUGCUUUUACUUCAGGUCAAAUUGGUUCUCAAACUAGCGAUAUGUGCAGAGUAAUGGCCGUUCUCGGUGGGCAAUUACAAGAUAACUUUAUUGAAUGGUUCAUCUCUCAGCAAUUGGGAAUUUAUGGAGUUUUGUAUGCUGAUUCAGAAGAUGUUGCUUGGCUUGAUAAAAUUGAAGAAAGAUAUCGUUGGUUUGUAAACAAAUUGGCUGAAUAUGAGCGAACUGGGUUAACAAGAAUUUUUCCACAACAAUGGGAAAUGGGUAGAAGGCUUGCCAAAGAAUUUUGUAGUAUGACAAGGAACUCAUUGGGACGAAUGAUGAUUCGUCGAAAGAGUGAAAUUGAUUGGAAAUUACUUGUGCAUGCUAUAAACCAUACACAAAUGUUUGAGCAAUUGUUGACUAAAAGAUUUCCAGCAAAAGAGGAGUAUGACUUUGAAAAGAUAAUUUGGUCAGUAUUUGAUGAACAUGUUGAUAUAUUUUUGAAUGAACAGCAAAAUAAAAUUUCUCAUUUUCUCAAUGAAUGUGCGGCAAAAAUUCGAAGCGGUGAAGAACGUCCAAAAAAGGAAAUUCAUUCUUCAGCCAUUCCUCUACCCUCCGGUUUUUUAAUGAUUAAAAUCUUACAAAAAUUAAAUUUAGCUACAAAUAUGUUUUUGUUAAUAAAGAAAAUAAUUACUGAAUCGACGAAAUUAUUUGCAGAUGCGAAUAAUGUUUUGAGCAAAUUAAUCGAAAUAUUCCGUCAAUGUUUGCGUCAAUACGCACAUGGCUGUCUUUCAGCUUUUCUUCCUCAAACAUUUUCGCAGACUUCUUCUACUCUAUCAGGCGUUGGAUUAAUUGGAACUUCCUCAAUUUUACAGAAUUUAAUACGAGACGAGACAUCUCCGUCUGCUCGUCUGACACAAGACCAAAUCUAUUUUACUUGUUGUAUAUUAGCCACAGCUGAUUGGAGUGCUGAAACAACUGUUCAAUUACAAGAAAAAUUGAAACAAAAAAUAUCGCCUGCAGAUUUAAGCCAAGAAUCAGAGCUAUUUUACAGCAUUUCAAAUAAUUCUCUUAGUAUUCUUGUACAAGAUGCAGAAAUGCUCUGUGAGCCAAGUUUGCAAGCUAUGACUAAAAUAAAUUGGUCAAAUAUUGAACAAGUUGGAGAUGAAUCCCCUUAUGUUUCUACAAUCAGAAAGAAUUUACGUCCAACAGUUCCAUUAAUUAGAGAUUAUUUUAGUGAAAGAAGAAAAUAUUUUGCCCAUUUCUGUAUGAAACUUGCAACUAAUUUGGUCAACAAAUUUCUUGGUGCAAUAUUUAAAUGCCGACCAAUAUCUAUAGCCGGUGCAGAACAAUUAUUGUUGGAUACACAUUCUUUGAAGACUUUUUUACUUAAUUUACCCUCAAUUGAAAGUUCAAUUGUAGUAAAACCUCUGCAAAUGUAUACAAAUACUUUGAAUAAAGGAAUGGCGAGGGCAGAAAUGAUUUUGAAGGUUAUUAAAGCUGUGAUGGCAGAUACUUCAGACCCAAAUGAAUUUGUGACUCAUUACAUGAGAAUCUUACCGGAUUCUGAUGUUAGUGAAUUACAACGAAUUUUGGAGAUGAGGUCAAUGCGAAAAGCGGACCAACAACAACUUGUACAAUUAUAUAAAACAAAAUUGGAAAGUGGUAAAGGUGAUAAUCAAACAGUAACUAAUACAAAAACAAUGUCAACAUUUGAGACAUUAGCUGGAUCUGCGGGCAUUCCCUCAUCUUUGGCUAGUUUUGGUGACUCGAGUAUGCGAAAAUUAGAAAAAUUUGUUAGAAAGAUGUAA